AUGAGCACAUUUCGGUACUCGCCGCUUCAAGCCGGCACAGAUUCGAUCAGACUGUUAAUGUUAAACGGAGGAGCGUUUUUUAGCGAUAUUUCUUGCCAGCUAUUCGAAACGUCCCUAGCAGAAGCACCCGGGUACUCGGCUUUAUCAUACACCUGGGAAAACGAUGAGCCUACUCGAGGUUCCGAAUCUCCGCACGACAUUUCCAUUGACGGCCAUGCGGUCCCGGUAACGAGCAAUUUAUAUGCAGCCCUACAGCAAAUACGACCGGAAACGGGACAUAUUAUUCUAUGGAUCGAUGCUCUUUGCAUUGAUCAAAGCAACGAACUGGAGCGAGGCGAUCAGGUCAGGCAGAUGGGACAAAUCUUCAGCACCGCGGAAGAAGUACUCAUCUGGCUAGGCCCGAGUCUGAGUGACAACGACGAAAAUGGCAUCCAAAUUCUUUUCGAGUCGAUUAAUUGGAUCGACGGACAUGCCACGCAUGCCCAAACGGUCGGCUACACAACGAGCUGGGCGACACUUUGCUCUGACUGGAUGCGCCAGCGGCCGUUGGAUAUGCUGGACACCGAGCGAAUACAACGCCAAGCCCAGAAGGAGCUUUUAACAAGACGAUGGUUUACGCGGGUUUGGAUUCUGCAGGAAGUCGCCGUAGCAAAAACGGCGAGGGUUCUAUGCGGGUCAUAUGCUUGCCCGGCAAGAUCGUUCGCGCUCAUGCCCUCACUCAUAGGGCUUGACGUCGACGAACGCACCCAAGCCAUCCUGGACAUCAUGCCGCGAUUCCGCCAAAACACUUGGUGGUCAUCACAGCGACAAUUGCACGUUCUUCUCAACAAGUUCGCCAACAGCGCGGCAAAACGGCCAAAAGACAAAAUCUACGCGUUGCUUGGCAUGUCCGAAGAUGCGUGCGACCCCGAGCGGUUCUAUCCGCACUACACCAUACCCGGCAGCGAAGCCUUUCGCAAUACCGCUUGCUUUCUGUUGUUUGGAGACGUUCUGGAUGCCAGACAUGCUUUUCCGGAUUUUACCCUGGAGGAGCUGCGCCUUCCAAUCUUUCAACUCGCCCAAAAAACACUUGAGUGGGCGCUUUGCCAGACGGAGGGAUGGCACGAGGCGUCACACAAGACAGCAGCACGUCUCGUUGACCGUAUCAACGAGGGCCAGUUGGAGAGAGACGAUCUGUUGUUGUCUCUUGCUCGGUCGCAUGGACAGGAGUCUGACAUGGAUGGCGUGUUGUCCCAAGGAGACAUUCAUGUUGGCGUCAUUUUCGGCUAUGCCACUAAUACGUUAAGAGUGACUUCGCAAGCGGGGCCUACUUUCCAAGCAAAUCUUGUUUAUGGACAGUCUCCUAAGAAAAGGGUAUCGCAUCUAAAAUUCGGAAUGAACUUGAUCUUGUUCCUCGUGAGAAUUGUAACUGUGGUCAGAGGGAUUUCACGUGAUUGA